UAUUUGAUUGAAUCAGUAUGGCCCUUUUCGAUGUAAGUGGUUAUAAAUCCCACUCGGAACUUCGUGGGCAGAUUAUUGGAACAGGAGUAGGGCAUUUUAUCGACCGACCGAAUCAGCAAUUUUCUGUUCCCGUUGGAGUGGAUCCCUCAGGGUUCCUCAAGUCAUGCAGCCGUGAAGGUGGUGUGUCCAUAGAUCUGAACCAUGGUACUACUACCCUGGCUUUUACAUUCCGCCAUGGUGUCAUUGUGGCUGUGGACUCGAGGGCCUCAGCUGGCAGCUACAUUGCGUCGAAGGAGGCUAACAAGGUGAUAGAGAUCAACCCUUACCUGCUGGGGACCAUGUCCGGCAGUGCUGCUGACUGCCAGUACUGGGAGAGACUGCUGGCUAAGGAGUGCAGGCUGUACAAACUGAGGAACAAACAGAGGAUCUCAGUGUCUGCAGCCUCCAAGCUGCUGUGUAACAUGAUGCUGGGCUACAGGGGCAUGGGCCUCUCCAUGGGCAGCAUGAUCAUUGGCUGGGACAAUAAGGGCCCUGGUUUGUACUAUGUGGAUGACAACGCCACACGUCUCUCUGGUCGCAUGUUCUCUACUGGUUGUGGUAGCAGCUAUGCGUACGGAGUGAUUGACAGUGGCUACCGUGAGGACAUGACGGUAGAGGAGGCGUACGAGCUGGGCCGUCGCGGUAUCACCCACGCCACACACAGAGACGCCUACUCCGGAGGAGUGGUCAACCUGUACCACAUGCAGGAGGACGGCUGGAUAAAGGUGUGUAAAGAAGACGUUUCAGAGCUGAUCCACCGCUACAGGAAAGGCAUGUUCUGAUCCCAGAUCAUUUUCCACACCCACACAGACACACUGUGUUCUCUCUCAACUGAUCCCAACACUGCUCCAAAUAAAGACGGUUUUCAAACUGUA